AUGAAAGUAGUGACAACUUCCGGAACAGAACCGAACGUCCCAAAGCUGUCAAAUCCAAGUCAAAUAAAGCUUCUAAAACAUGCAGCUGAUGUAUACACACUAGCACUAUAUAAUGAUUUUGAAACAGAGUAUGAGUGGGCAAUGACAUCCUUUUUACGAGCAUUUGCAAUAGAAAACUCAGAGCUGAAGUUGUUUGAAGUCUCACCAGAAGAAGAUUUCAGCAAUUCACAUACGGUAGCAUACGAUCAGGCUACAACAGAAUUAGUGUGCUCAUGUCAAUGCUUCACAGAGACGGGGAUGCUUUGCUUUCACAUCAUAAGGGUCAUGCACAUGUUCAGCAUAUUUCAAAUCCCAGAACAAUAUAUCCUUAAGAGAUGGACAAGACUUGCAAAGUCAGCAGUAUGGGAGAAUGUUCAAGCAGACAAGGACCAAAACCAAAAUGCACUGUUAUGGACACCAUGGAGACAUGCAAUAACCAAGAAUUUCUACAACCUAGUGUCAAUAUGUCAAUCAAAUGAGGAUGCAAGAGAAUUAUGUGACAAGUCGCUGAAGGAAUUAUACAAAUCGGUAAAAGAAGUUUUCAAGACCGAUCAACAAAAACAACAAGAAAUCGAAGACGAAGAACUACGAAGACAGACAGUUGAAAAUCCUGAGGUGAUAAAGACAAAAGGAAGACCCCCAAAGGGAAACAAGAGAGUAAAAGGACAUUUUGAGAAGCGUAAAAUGAAGACAAGGCAUCUGAAUGAAUAUGGAACAAAAACCCCAGAUGCACCUGAAGUUGAAUAG